AUGGGCAUCCCCGGGCUCACCAGAACACUCAAACCCUAUGCGGUGGACACAACGCUCAGGGGCAAAAGCGUCGUCGUAGAUGGGCCAGCCCUCGUGCACCGAGUCUGGGAGACUGUCAUGGCGAACCAGACUAGAGCGAGUGUGAUCCUUGGUCACAUAUCCUACCAGCAGCUUGUUCAAGCUGUCAUCGACUGGCUCGACAGGCUGCGAGCCUGUGGGGUGCAUGUGCGGCGGAUCUACUUUGACGGCUAUCUACCGCCCCGAAAGUGGGAAAUUAGACGGAAACGUCUUGUCACUCAGUCACAGCAGAUGCAACAGUUGACCACUCACUACCGGGCAACAGGGGUAAAGGCAGCUCACGUAGAUCCUUCUUCAAGUUUUGCCCUCCAUCAUCCGAUAAGCGACGCGCAAGCACUGCCAAAGCAUGCGUUCCUGGUACCCGCUGCGGUUGAGGCCUUGAUGCAGUCCCCAGACUGGAAAUCUGUCGUCCGAGUUGUGCCGGGCGAGGCUGACGCCUUCUGUGCUGACGAUGUUAGGCAAAGUGGGGGCAUAGUACUGACUGCAGACUCAGACCUCUUGAUUGAAGACCUUGGACCGGAAGGAUCUGUAGUGUUCUUUUGGGACCUUUUUGAAAAGUCCGCGGAUGGAAGGGAAGACAUAAGCGCACAGGAGUACACACCUCGAGACAUCGAGGCUCGUCUUGAUCUCGACAAGUCCGGAGGACUCUCCCGCCUUGCCUUCGAGCUCGGCAGCAACAAGAUCAGCUUCAAUCAGGCGAUUGAACACGCUGCGUCAAAAAUGUUCACCAACCCGGCACGGGAAAUGGCAUACGAGAAAUUCCUCCAAGAUCACAUGCCAGAAGAGUAUAUUCCUUCGGACCACCCAGUUGUCUCUGUGCUAUCCACGUUGGACCCGCGGAUCUCGGAAGUGACAAUACAGUCCUUGAAUAUUCAACUUUCCGAAUCGGCCAGCGUAUCAGCACCAGAUCGUACGCCCCGGGGACCAGAACAUCUCUCAAUGUUCCUCCCUGUUCUAAUCGAAGACCACCGGCGAAAGAGCGCCUGGGAAUCUAGCCAGACUAUCCGGCAGCUGGCAUACGGCCUUGCUCAGCCACCUGGCCAGGAGACCCAUAGCACCACCAUCGAAUAUCGAACGCUGCUCUCAGAGUUAGGAGGACGCCGGGCCACAAUACCUGCACCAGAGAUAAUGGACGAGUGGUGCGAGCAGUUGGUGACAACUCUAGACCAGAUCGAAUCUCACGUCACGCCACCUGAGUUGAGGUGGCUGGCUUUCGCGGUGCUCCAGGAGAUCCAAGCUUCGUCAUCAGAAGAGAGAUAUCCUCUAGCCUUGAACGCGUUGAAGGGAGCUGUUCAGCAGCCCAACAAAGGCAAAAGAGCAAGCACGUAUUCUUGGGAUAUUAUCCAUUUCACCGCAGUAUACCAGGCUUCGCUAUACUCGCUGAGAAUGCUCCGGCAAGUAAUGGAGGCAAGAAUAGCCUUGUCGCUGGUGAAAGUCUCAGACACUCAACAGCAAUUGCGCCGGCGCCUCCUUGGUUUGCCGAGUAUUGUCGAAUACCCUGCUGUUGAGGACAGUAUCAAACUUUUGCGUAAAUUCCAGGAAUCACGAUGUCUCUCGGCCAUAUGCAAAGUCUUGGGCAUUCCCAUCGACUCAUUUGAGAUUCCGCCUAAGCAGGGAUCCAAAGCAGACGCUAAACAACACGCCUCACGCGGUAACGGCGGCAAAUCAACUCAGGCAAGGUCGACGAACCCGUUUGACAUCCUGGACUCAAUUUGA